AUGUCUGCUGCAAGUAAUGGGCAGGCGGCCGUGAAAGAGCUAUGGCGGCCAUCUGCGCCGGAGAAGACGCAGAUCUACGAGUUCAAAACCCUCGUGAGCAGGAAGUAUGGCCUGGCUCUGGACGGAUAUCACGAUCUCUGGCAGUGGAGUGUCUCCGAGCCCGCCAAAUUCUGGGAGGAAGUUUGGCACUACACCGCAGUCAAGGCCCAUCAACCGUAUUCCAAAGUAUUAGACGCGAAUGUCCCGCUCUUCCCAAGGCCUCACUUCUUCGAAGGGUGCCGUCUCAACUUUGCUGAGAAUCUUCUGUUCCCUGCAAAUUGUCCCGGUGACGACGCCGUCGCCGUGAUCGCAGCAACCGAAGAGACUCGCGAAUACGUCUCGUGGAGGGACUUGCGGGAGAGAGUCCGACAGUGUGCCAAUGCCUUGAAAGAGAAUGGCGUUUGCACUGGGGACCGCGUCGCCGCCGUGAUAGGCAAUAAUACCAAUGCAGUGGUAGCCAUGUUGGCAGCCACUUCCAUCGGCGCCCUGUGGACUGCUAUCUCGCCUGACACCGGCGUGCAUGCGGUGCUGGAACGCUUGAAGCAGAUCGAGCCGAAGCUGUUGUUUGCUGACAACGCCUCGAUAUACAAUGGCAAAGUCCAUGACACCCACGCAAAAAUCAAAGAUGUGGUGGCAGAGCUGCCGUGCUUGGAGCAUGUCGUGAUCUUCAAAGCCGUUCCUUCGCACGACUUCAGUCUAGAAGGUGUCAACCCGCAUCAAGGCAGGGCAUUCUUUUAUGCGGAUUUUAUUGCAGCCGUUCAGGACCCGGCAGCUCCUCUGCAAUUCGCAUCACUAGACCCUGAUCACCCGGUCUAUAUUCUGUACUCGUCCGGGACCACAGGGGCACCCAAGCCAAUUGUGCACGGGGCGCUGGGCACGCUGAUACAGCAUAAGAAGGAGCAUGUUCUACACUGCGACAUUCGACCAGGUGACCGCCUGUUCUAUUAUACGACUACGACUUGGAUGAUGUGGCACUGGCUCGUGUCUGGGCUCGCCAGCGGCGCUACGAUCGUCGUCUACGAUGGCUCACCUUUCCGGCCAUUCGAUCCUGAGGGCGGGAAGGGAGAGAUGGCCAUGCCCCGGCUCAUUGACGAACUCCAGAUCACCCAAUUUGGGACCUCUGCAAAAUACCUCUCCAUGAUCGAACAGGCCGCCCUGAAUCCUCGUCGCCAUCCUCACCGCCCGGCGACUUUGCAAACUUUGAGAGCGAUCUUCAGUACCGCAUCCCCGUUGGCCCCCUCCACCUUUGAGUAUGUCUAUUCUUCAUUCCAUCCGGAUGUCAUGCUGGGCUCGAUCACAGGCGGAACAGAUAUCAUCUCGCUCUUCGGAAGCUGCUGUCCUAUCUUACCCGUUUACCAAGGCGAGAUCCAAUGUCGAGGUCUGGGAAUGGCAGUUGCUGCGUACGACUACACCGGAAACGACAUUACUGCCUCGAAUGAGCCGGGCGACCUCGUCUGCACGAAGCCAUUUCCUUCGCAGCCGGUGAUGUUCUGGCCUCCUGGACCCGUAGGCGCUGAGAAGUACCGAAAGAGCUACUUUGACGUCUUUGGACCAUCAGUUUGGCACCACGGUGAUUUUGUACGCAUAAACCCGCAAACCGGUGGUCUUGUGAUGCUUGGUCGAAGCGACGGUGUCCUGAAACCAGCCGGUGUGCGAUUUGGAAGUGCAGAAAUAUACAAUGUGAUCCUGAAACACUUUGCCAAUGAGAUCGAAGAUGCCCUAUGCGUCGGACGCAGGCGAGAAGGCAUUGAUACGGACGAAACGGUAGUGCUGUUCGUGAAACUCGCUGCUACCCCCUCGGGCGCUCCCCCUACCAUAUCCCAGGACCUUGUAGCGCGAAUCCAGGCGGCGAUUCGCAAGGAGCUCAGCCCACGCCAUGUACCAGGAAUCAUCGAUGCCUGUCCAGAGAUUCCUGUCACCUCGAAUGGCAAGAAGGUCGAGAACGCGAAUAAUCCGGUCCGUCCGGUUGGUUCGCCGCUCGUCGUCGCGUGCCAACAAAACUAUUCCGCGGUGAUUUUAUCGGCUUCAAGGGUUCAGCCGCCAAAGAAACUGAAGACCGUCAACGUCGCAGUUUCUUUUGUGGUUGAUCAUACACUCGCGAGAAUGCGUCGUUCAGCUCUCCGGACUGUUCAGUCCGCUAGGCCUCUUGUUCGUGGUCAGCGGUCCGUAUCCAGAGGCCUUGCGACUGCCACCGAGUCUGUAACCAAGGACCCGGUUGAGCUCAACCAGAUCACCACACUCCCAAAUGGCAUCCGUGUAGCUAGCGAGUCGCUGCCCGGCCCUUUCUCCGGCGUCGGAGUGUACGUCGAUGCCGGAUCGCGAUACGAAGAUGAGAGUCUUCGUGGAGUCAGCCACAUCAUGGAUCGCCUGGCGUUCAAGUCCACCAAAUCGCGGUCAGCGCAUGAGAUGAUUGAGGCACUCGAGUCACUAGGGGGGAAUCUUCAAUGCGCCUCGUCCCGCGAGUCGCUCAUGUACCAGUCCGCCAGUUUCAACUCGACCGUCCCGUCGACUCUGGCCCUUCUGGCAGAGACAAUCCGUGAGCCGCAGAUCACAGAUGAAGAGGUGGCACAGCAGUUGGCGACGGCAGAAUAUGAGAUCAACGAGAUCUGGGCCAAACCCGACCUCAUUCUCCCUGAACUGGUUCACAUGGCAGCAUUUAAGGACAACACGCUAGGAAACCCGCUCUUGUGUCCAAAAGAACGACUAGGCGAGAUUAACAAGGCGGUUGUGGAGAAAUAUCGAAAUAUCUUUUUCAAUCCGGAUCGGAUAGUCGUUGCCUUUGCUGGUGUCCCGCACGACGAAGCCGUGAAGCUGACGGAGAAGUAUUUUGGCGACAUGAAGCCGCACGAGGGACCCGCGUUCCGUGGUCAGGGAAUUGAAACUACGCUUUCUGACUCGGCGUCCGCUAAGAAAGAAGGGCAGUUGCCGACGGUCCCUCAGUUCUCUCCAACGUCUACAACAUCCAGCAAUGCACCGGCGAGCACGUCUCAUUCGAAGAUCCUCUCAAAGCUCCCGUUCCUCAAGAACCUUUCUACUUCUGCUCCCCGCAAUGCGACUGUGUCGGCUUUGGAUCCGUCUCUUCUUGAGUCCUCCACGUUGGAUCUGAAUCGUCCUGCACAUUACACGGGAGGAUAUAUGUCCCUGCCCCCGAUUCCGCCUCCAGCAAACCCCAUGCAUCCUCGUCUAAGCUACAUUCAUCUCGCUUUUGAGGCUCUCCCCAUCUCCUCUCCUGACAUCUACGCACUUGCCACUCUUCAGACCCUGCUGGGAGGAGGUGGGUCUUUCUCCGCGGGCGGACCCGGUAAGGGCAUGUACUCCCGUCUGUACACGAAUGUAUUAAACCAGCACGGCUGGGUUGAGAGCUGUGUUGCUUUCAAUCACAGCUAUACGGACAGCGGUCUCUUUGGCAUUUCUGCGUCGUGCAGUCCUACCCGCACAUCGCAGAUGCUGGAGGUGAUGUGUCGUGAACUACAUGCCCUGACGUUAGAUUCGGGCUACUCUGCACUCCAGCCCCAAGAGGUUAACCGAGCUAAAAACCAACUCCGUUCAUCACUGUUGAUGAACCUUGAGUCGCGCAUGGUUGAACUCGAGGAUCUGGGCCGCCAGGUGCAGGUGCAUGGCCGCAAGAUCGGGGUCAAGGAAAUGUGCGAGAAGAUCGAGGCCCUGACCGUCGACGAUCUGCGACGAGUCGCCAAGCAGGUAUUUGGAGGCCGCGUCCAGAACAAGGGCCAAGGCACGGGUAAACCCACGAGUCGUUGUACAGGAAGGCGAGCUGGAAGGGUACAAGCUCCGGCCAUUCCCGUGGGAGGACAUCCAGGAGCGUAUCUCGAGAUGGCAGUUGGGAAGGCUAUGUUGGGAAAUUUCUGA